ACUGCGGUCCUCGCGUUUAGUUUUUCGCAUCACGGCGGCUACGAUGUCGGAUGCGGUGCCGCUCCACUCCACACUUCAUUCCCCCCCCACCAGCACACUACCAGUGGGAUGACGGCCUUCCAUGGCAAGUCAGACGGACACGUCCUCCCCGUCACACAUCCAAAACGACCGCGGAGUCCUUCCUCGUAUGGCCUCACAAGACGACUGCUGCGGUCUUUGGUAGCGCUGGCAACUGUCCUUGUAUUGACGGCAUUCUUCGUGCUCUCACAUGAACCACCACCACCACCACCCGACCUGUCCAUACCAGAAGACCGUCUCCCACCACUCUAUCACGACUUCCGACAACGAGAACUAAACUUGCCACACUACGAUGCUUACGAGAACAACAGCUCCAUCAAGUACUUCUGGGCUGCCCAACACGCUCACAGUUCGGGAUGGGGAAACGUGAUGCAAGAUUAUGUGAUGAUGGCUCUGCUUGCUCAUGCCACUGGUCGCUCCUUUGUGUUCGACGACUACGUAUGGAAUGCCAACGGUUCAAUCUACUCUGAUCUUGAUGGGAAACUGACACCCUCCCGCAUACCCCUCUCUGCUCUCCUAGGCGGCCCUAUGGUUGGUGGCCCAAUGCUUCCCGGGGACAACACACCCAGAUCUGUCAACAAAUACUUUUUUGAGAGAGUAUGCCCUAACCCGACCGUGGUACACGUCUCCGACGUCAACACGUACGACAUGCGAUUUAACGAGCUCGUUCCGGUGUCAGACGUGUUCAAUACAUGGGUAGACGUCAUCAGCGCUAUCGACGAUCCGUGUGUGAUGCUCGAUCCGACUGAGAACCAGGUCUUCGAUAAUUGGGUAUUCGGCAAGAAACGUCGCAUGCUUCCGUUUUGGCCUACCAUAUCCCGCUCUCCCGUCCUCACCUCCUGGGAUUGGUCAGCUCUCGUCCACGCGGCAUACAAACGCAACCGGCAUCUCUUCAAACGUUUUCCCCACCCAUCUUCUCGUUUUGUCACUCUCCUAGACAACUUGGGAUUAUCCGGAUCAGAUACCCCAAGUAGCGUCAUCGAGGGGUUGAUGGCUAUCCACGUUCGGAGAGGGGAUUUCGAAGGACAUUGCCGGAAUCUCGCUAAGUGGGAUGCAGAUUGGCACGCCUGGAAUUCGUUUCCUGAGUUUAUCGACAAGUUCGAGAAACCGAGAGACGCCACUCCGGAUGAAGUCCUGAAUACGUAUAUCGAACAUUGUUACCCUGAUAUCCAGCAAAUUGUGGAUCGAGUCCGUCGUGUACGUCAAGAGUCACGAUCGAAACACAAUCUCAACUACUUAUAUAUCAUGACGAAUGCUCCGGUCUCGUGGGUAGAAGAGCUCAAGAGUGCGCUUGCUGAGGAUGCAGAGAAACAUCGACAGAAAUGGAAGAGCGUCAGGAGUAGUAAAGAUUUGGAGCUGACGUGGGCGGAAACGUUCGUGUCGCAGGGUAUUGAUAUGUUCGUUGCUCAGAGGGCGGAAGUGAUCAUUGGAAAUGGGUGGUCGAGCCUAACCUCCAACGCAGUAAUGCUUCGAAUGACAAACGGAUUCCCCACUGACUCGAUGCGGUUUUGGUAGCAAUAGACGGCAUUCAUAGGGUUUGCUGGUUAGGAUGUCUUUGGGAUGGCAUUUAGUCGAUAGAGGAUUUAUCCGCUGACGUUUGGAUAUGCUAGGUGGAUUUAAUGAAUAUUCAAGUGGUAUUAGUCUGGAGGAUCAUCGUUUCUGGUGAGAUGGGUUUGUGGAAUAGUUCUUGUAGGAGUCAAGUGUUAUAAGGAUGCUUUACCGAC